AGCAAUAUAGUUUUGUACUUUUAUAUUAAAAUAAUUUAGUUGAAAUUUGUAGAAUCUUUAUUCUAACAAAUAGUGCACUUUACUUAAGGAUUAGUUUUAUCAGCUGUGAUUUUAGCUUAAAAGCAUGAAACGCAACACCGUAAUUUUGGUUUUUGGAGUUGGGUGUAUUCUGUCACUAGUUAGAGGUCUAAUUAGUCCUGGAGACUUACCAGACGGUCUGAAAAAAUGUUUCGAAAUGAAGACUAAACAUAGUAAUGUUAAAGAGGUUCCAAGUGAAGAUAUCUGUAUAACAUGUAUAACAGACUAUCUAUGGAAACAGGGAAAACACGUUCAUUGCUUCAAUAAAACAGAGCAUGAUGUAAAAUGGGUUGCUGAAUUAUUGACAGAACUUCAUCCUGCUUCAACUAGAACUAAACGAAGUGCUCCAAGACGAUGUCGAAGGAAAGAAUACCGAAUGUUGACAGACGAUGAAAGAGAAGAUUACCAUCGUGCUGUAAAUCUAAUGAAGAAAGAUACGAGUUCUUUUGAUACUAAGUUGUAUGAAUAUUCGUUACGAAAAUUAGUACCUGGUGUUUGUCUGCCAUAUUGGGACUCUACUUUAGAUUCCGCCAUGUCAACAAUGCCUGAAAAUUCCAUCAUAUGGAGCAAGCACUUUAUGGGCAAUGGGGAUGGACAAGUACAAACUGGUCCAUUCAGGCGUUGGAUGAAUAUUGACGGUAGUCCCCUUAUGAGAAAUAUUGGUAGUACUGGUCAAUUAUUGACAAAACGUACUGUCUUGAAUAUCCUGUCAAAACGUUAUAAUCACCAAAUAUGUGAACCUUCGCAGAAUGUGCUGCAUAGUUUGGAAGGAUUACAUGAUCAGGUUCACAUGUGGAUUGGUGGUAAAAUGUUUGAUAUAGCCACGUCACCAAUGGAUCCAAUUUUCUUUAUGCACCACGCCUUUAUUGACUGUCUGUGGGAAAUAUUCAGGAAACAACAAAUUGGAUAUAAGAUAGAUCCCAGUAAAGACUACCCCACCACCGGAGAUCUCUUACAGCACCCAGAUAGACCAAUGGACAGUCUUCCACCAAUACCAGGAUUUGGAAAACUAAGGAAUAAGGAUGGUUAUCUCUCUUAUUGGACAGAUAAAUUUUACUUUUAUGACCCUCCUCCAACAUGUAGUUUCCCAACUUUAGACUGUGGCUCAAAAUGGCUAGAAUGUGACACAAGAAGGAAAAUUUGUGUUUCAAAAAGUAAUCAAGCAUUGUCUUUUCAAUAUCCAACUUUUAACUCUUUUAAUCCAUGGGAUUUCUACUUAAAAAGAGGUAAACGAGACACAUAUAAGGUUUUAUUAGGUAAGCUUGGCGAACAGGAAUCUCCUGAACAAAGUCAAAAGAGUUAUGAGAAAGUCAAACUUAACGUUCCAAAGGAGGUUGCUUUGGGUUCCCCAAUACAAAAUGCAUUUGAAAUAGAUUGCGUUCAAGAUAUAAGAGCAUGGGCUUUUAUGGCUAUCAAGGUAAUCCAUUUAAGACCUCAAGAAGUCAAAAUGUCAGCUCAUAUAAUUGAAAAUGGCAAAAUACAAGAUACAGACAUGUAUAACGAGAGUAACUACAGAAGCUUAAAAACGCAUAUAAAACCCGGUUCUCCCGCCAUGUAUGAUACUUGUAUGGAAGACAAUUCUGGCGCUUUUAGGAUCAAUCUCGUAUCACGUGGACUUAGUUACAAUGGUUGGUAUGAAGACUAUGUUAUGGUAGACAAUCGCUUACCUAUCUCGUCACAUGUCGGGUAUAUUGCAUUCAAAAAGCCUGGUCCAAACGAUACAGAACCAGUUACAGCAUUUAUUUCAGCUUCAGAUACAUGUGGUCGGAUGUGUAAACCUAAGUGCUUGAAAAGAGGAUCAGGUUCGAAGCCGACAUAUGUUUCAUGUGAUGGAGUGAUUAAUGCUACAGCCCAAUCACCUUUGAUGUAUGGAGAGACGUAUGGGGAUGCUGCAGGAGACAUUUGGGACUUCUCUGAUCCCAUGGUUCCUGUAAGCAAGGAGAAUGGUAUCUUUAUGAUAUUUUAUUGUGAUUAUUCGGAUUCGUGGCCUUGGGAGAGUUGUAAUAAAAGCUAA